AUGGACUACUAUUCUGCCCAAAUUAACUUGCCACAGAUUGAAGAUUACCCACUUGAUUUUGACUGGCUAUACUAUGAUCAACAACCAUUUGAAAACCUAUUACUAGAUUUUCCACCAGUUCAAAGUACUUUUCUUGAGCCCAAUUUUCUACCAUUGUGGUCACACAAUUACGGUCACCAACUUCCUUGCAUUGAUUUCCAAGAUUUUGAAGAUUUUGGUGGCGUUUUUUCGCUUGAAAUUGACAAUGCUUUUACGCAUCCUAAUUGUGAAGAUACCAUAGUCGACGAAAAGCCUCAAACCAACUUGGUGACUUCUUUUCAUCACUAUAACCACCAUGACAUGAUCAAUAUUCCCUCAAGUACUGACCAACUAUGUUCUGAAGUUGUUCCAAAGAUGAUCAUCGAAAGAAAGAUAAUUGGUAGCACAAAAAGUGGUAAAAUUGGGAAUUAUGAGAAGUUUUCUGAGCUAGAAUCAGAAGACAUACAGAAGUACUUUGACCUUCCUAUUAAGGAAGCGGCCAAGGAGUUAGGUGUGGGCGUGACAAGACUGAAGAAACGGUGCAGAGAGCUCAAAAUCACUAGGUGGCCCCACAGAAAGUUCAAGAGCUUGAAGUACCUAAUUAGCAACGUUAAGAAAAUGGGUUUGGAUGGUAAUGAGAUUAGGAUGUUGGAAGAGCACAAGAGGCUUCUAGAGGAAGUGCCUGACAUGGAAUUGACUGAGAAGACCAAGAAGCUGAGGCAAGCUUGUUUUAAAGCUAAUUACAAGAACAAGAGGUCUCUUGCUCGAGUAUAA